UCUUCGGCCCUUCGGCCCUUCGGUUCGCCGGCGUUCGCUGUUGCUGGCCCUCCCCGGCCUUCCGCACCGCUCUAAAGCUUAGUUCUCCUUGUUUAAUUUCCUCUUUUUUCUCAGACACUUCCGGGUCCUGCGUCGCUCCGGAAGCCCGCGAGUUCCGGAAGCCUGGGUAAUCCAGGUUCUGCUAGGAGAAGUCAGGCUUCCCAGAGAAUGUUUCAGAAAAAGUUACGUGGAACGGGGGCGUUUCUCAGACUCGUAAGAGCUCUUCCUUCUUAACUGCCUGCCAAUAAGGCCUACUGAAUCAGAAACUCUGGAACUGAGACACUGUAGUCUAAGAAGUACAAGCGAUCAUGAUAAACGCUCAAGUGUGGAAACCACUAGCAGAGAAGAACAGUGAGACUACAGGACUGAUGUGAAGACCACAGUAUAGGAAGAUUGGAAACCCACAGAUGUGUGUGAUAGACCUUCAGAGAAGACAUGGCUUCCAGAGAAGAGAAGACAAAGAGGACAAACAGAGUGCUAAGAAUAAGUCAGUUGGAUGCACUUGAACUAAACAAGGCCCUGGAGCAGCUGGUCUGGGCCCAGUUUACUCAGUGCUUUCAUGGAUUUAAGCCGGGGCUGUUGGCCCACUUUGAACCAGAGGCAAAAGCAUUCCUGUGGCUCUUCUUGUGGCGCUUCACCAUCUACUCGAAAAAUGCCACCGUGGGACAGUCCGUUUUGAAUAUACAGUACAAAAACGACUUUUCCCCGAAGCAGAGGUACCAGCCACCGAGCAAGAAUCAGAAGCUGUGGUAUGCUGUGUGUACAAUCGGUGGCACGUGGCUGGAGGAGCGCUGCUACGACCUCUUUCGAAACCGUCAUCUGGCGUCAUUUGGGAAAGCCAGGCAGUGUGUGAACGUCAUGGUUGGACUUUUGAAAUUAGGUGGGCUGAUUAACUUCCUGAUUUUCCUUCAGAGGGGCAAGUUUGCAACCUUGACAGAACGUCUCCUAGGCAUCUGUUCUGUAUUUUGCAAGCCCCAGAGCGUGCGUGAAGUUGGUUUUGAGUAUAUGAAUAGGGAACUUCUCUGGCAUGGUUUUGCUGAGUUUCUGAUUUUUCUCUUACCACUUAUUAAUAUCCAGAAGUUGAAAGCUAAAUUAUCCUCAUGGCGUAUUCCUCUGAUUGGUGCUCCUAACGGUGACAGUACCUUAGCCACCAGCGGCAAACAGUGUUCUCUGUGUGGAGAGUGGCCCACCAUGCCUCACACCAUAGGAUGUGAGCAUAUCUUCUGUUACUACUGUGUUAAGAGUAGUUUCUUAUUUGACAUGUACUUUACGUGUCCUAAGUGUGGCACAGAGGUACACAGUCUGCAGCCACUGAAGUCGGGAAUCGAGAUGUCAGAAGUGAAUGCUCUUUAGAAACGAAGACUGUGUCCUCUGAGGAAAACUGUAUUGUGUUUAAGUCCUUAGUAUUAGUCAUGCUAAGCAUACCGUUUAGGUGUUUUUUUUCUGAGGGGAGGUGCUUCUCUGCCACUGUCUUCUGUUCCUUUCCAGGCAUGACUAAAUUCUAAUCACUAGAAACCACAUGGUUCUAAAUACAUUAUGUAAACAAUAAUGUACUACUUUCUCUAAAUCAUUGCAUUCAAUUUUUAGUGUUGAGAGGAGUGGACAGUUUUUGUCAGUAUACUAAAAAUGCUCUUUCAUUUUGCUACUUCCUGGAAAGAGGUUAGAUUCUAAAACAAUUUUGGAGACUCUGGGGUGAGUGUGUAUUUAUUUUCAGAGAUGGCGUUGUAACAUCAUAAUCUGACAUUGAUAAAGCCCUGUUGUUUUAAACCUUAGGAUCUGAUGCCCCAGUUGUAAUUUUAAGCUUUUCUCUAAAACCCGAUUGUAGGGGGUUCGUUUGGCUUCAUUCGCAGGCAAAAUGAAGGCCACCAGAAGCUCUAGGCUGAUGUUCUGCCAACUUUCUGAUCCACCUGAAGUGAGGGCUUCCUGCCUAAUAGUUCUAGCUAAAUCUAGGACUCACUGUCAUUGGUCUGCCUGGGACUAUGUCCACAUUUGUGAACCAGGAUAGAAAACUACUACUCUUGAUUACUCAGAUGUGGGUGACAUCCUCACGUGUGUCACAUGGACCCGUAGUAGGAGAGUAGGCAGUUCACCACAGGAAACUGAAGUGGCUUUGAAAGAAUAGUGGACAUGGGGUAGGUAAAAACAACAGAUCCCUAUUAGAGUUUACAUUUGCCUUUUUUACCAAAAGUCUGCAUGCGGUUUUUAAUUUUACCAGUGAUCUAAGUUGAUGAGGACAUAACUGAAUGAUUAACUUACUAGAUUGCAGAUUUGAAAGGAUUAAAUAAAUAAAGUCAACACAUUUUGUUAUAAUAA